AUGGCUUCAGGUCCACCCAAGAAAGUCGCCAUCAUUGGCGCAGGGCUAGCAGGCCUCGGCCUGGCACUGGCCCUCCAUGCAAGGUCAAUUCCUUGCACCAUCUAUGAACUUCGACUUCCGUCUAAGGUGACCACCGGCGCUCUCAUGCUCUCACCCAACGCACUGGGCGUCCUGGAUUCAUUGGGCGUCUACGAACGAAUUCGGAACAAAGGAUACAACUUCGAAAACAUUGCCUUCAAGAACGACAAGGAAGAAACGACUGAUCUGUAUCCCCUUGGCAAUGAGAAGUUGUAUGGAUACAAGGCCCUUCGGAUCUAUCGGCAGGUUCUGCUUACCGAACUACGAACGAUGGUUCAAGAACGCGACAUCCAAGUCAUCUACGAGAAGAAGUUCUCCCGCGUUCUCCAGGAAUCUGCCGACGAGGGCGUGACGUUUCAGUUUGAGGACGGCUCAACCGCUCAAGCUGACUUGCUCGUCGGCACAGACGGAAUUCACUCGACUGUCCGCCAAAAAGUGUCUCCCUCCACCACUCCACUCUACUCCGGCAUGUUGGCCAUCACCUGCGUGAUUCCAACCUCGAAACUCCGUUUCCCAGCCGACAAGGACUACUCGACCCUCCCCGUCGCCAUUCACGGCAAAGCGGGAACCUUUAUCUUCGCGCCCCAGGACGUGGACGGAUCCGAAGUCCUCGCCGGCAGCCAGAAGCGAUACCCGGAACAAAGCAAAGCCGAGUGGUCGCGCCUCUUUGGAGCCAAAGACGAGCUCCUCGCCCUGCUCUCCGCCAACCGGGCCGACUGGCCCGACAUCGUGCAAUCCGGCCUGGAAAACGUCCCCAAGCACACCCUCUCCAUCUGGCCCUUCUACAUCGUCCCCAAACUCGCCGCCUGGAGAUCGGAGAAACAACGCGUCAUCAUCCUCGGCGACGCCGCCCACGCCAUCCCCCCCACCGCCGGCCAAGGUGCCAGCCAAGCGUUCGAAGACGCCUUCACGCUGGCCUUUCUCCUCUCCAGGCUGUCGCCGCAGAUCCAAUUGGCCGCCGCGCUCGAGUUCUGGCAGAACUACCGGCAGGAGAGGGUUGACCAGGUGAUUGCGCUGACGCAACAGCUGAAUAAUAUGAGGUUGCCCGCCGCAGAGCGGGAGAAGCUGGGCAAGGGAGAGAUCUGGCGGAGUGGAGAUGAGGCGCAGUUGGAGUGGCUCUAUGUUCCCAGGAUUGAGGAGAGGUUGGCCACUUGGGUCGAAGAGGCGGAAAAAAGAGAGGGAGGUGAGGACGGGACAGUCCAAAAAAGCUUGAUAUCGUGA